AUGAAUGAGCAUGAUGAACUUGACGCAGCAAAGACAGACCCCGCAAUCAUUGCAAAGCCUACUCUUCACUUAUCGACGCGCUGUCCCGGUCCAUAUCGAGGUAAGUGUCUGUACCAGUCCCGCAAAUGUGAAAAUGAACGAGCUGUCAAGCGGAAUGGAAAACCUCACAACCUGUGCGAUAUGCACCGCAACAAGCAGAAUCGUCACCAGCGUAAGUUUGACGCAAAAAAGUUUUCGAGAAAGCGACGACGGGACAGCGGGUCAGAGGAUGACGCCAGGAUUGACAAGCUGGCGCGUCAAGAGCUAAGUGCUCAGCACCAACUUCCUAGCAAGUCCUUUGAGGUUCCACCCAGCACAUUGUUGAGUUUGAGAAGAAACUAUGACGUGUCGAGAGCACCUAAGGUGACGACUUUACCACCAAUACAGAAUCUACGAGGAACGUUAUUGCCCUCGUCCCCUGCUUCGUCGUACACAACACCAGGCUCUGUGAGAUCGGAAGUUGGCUCGGACGAUUACGUGGUACCUUCCGAAUUUCGAGCAGUUGAUGCUCCAAUAAUUCGUUGUAGGCAGCAGCCUCGGCGCGUUCAUCGUGGACCAUAUUUACAGUAUCAAGUGCAACAGCCUACACUUGGGUACUCAAGCUCGGAAUAUCGAGCUGCCGGAACAUUAGUGAAUACUAGUUACUUGACAGCUCCAAGAGCAAUCUCAAGUACGACGUACUACAGAGACGAUGUACCAAGAGCAUACGAGCCUAGUCGACAAUCUCGGAUAUCUCCACAUGUGCUGCCGUCGCUGGCGUGUCCCCGAUCAGAACAGCCCAACUUGUUCCGCCGAGUGAGUGAGUCUGCAUUGUCUCAUGUCGAGCGCUUUGCUUCGCUGGAAGCGAUUUCGGCGUCUCGAUCGACAUCAGCAAAUAAUGUGCUUUCAUGCAUGCGUAGUUCCAAGUUUGCUAGGGCACCAAUGUCGCCUUCGUCAUACUAUCGAAGCCGAUAA